GUUCGUGUUUCGUUUACUCUUUCCUCAUUCUCUUUCUCCGAGACAUGACCUCGUUCAGUUGACGACUGACAACUGAAUUCUGGUGUCUCGAAUUCUUUCCUUCUUCCACUCGCCAAAUGGAACCAUGGCAUGGCCAGAGGAUACUACUGACCAGACCCUGACCGGGUCAUCACCACUCACCACCACCACCACCACCUCCACCUCCACCCCCUUGUCCUCGACGUGACUUCAUCAUCCAUCAAUCCCCGUCUUUCCACUUCUUCAUUUUCCAUCACCUUCCUUCUGCGAAAUGACGGGAGUCCCAUCACAACACCGGCUGCCCUACCCGCGGCAAGGGGAGUCUCGAUUGGUCUGCGCGUCUCUGUCCCUCUUGUCUCUGUCGCUAGUCUUCGGCAACUGCGCCAAAUUGAUGGAUGACGGCGGGACAUCAAUGGUACCUGGCUACCUUAGUUAGCUUGCCAUCCACUCCUACUUCCGCUUACAAACGAUGGUGAACACCAAUCGUAGUCGAGGACGAGGGCCGGACCUCGAGCCUCUGGCCAACGAUGGAUCUCCUGCGGCUCUCUCCUCAGCCCUGCAAUUCCUGCUCUUCGCCUUGCCUGCUCAGGGCUUCAGCUCUCUACACUAGGUAGUCGCUCUGGUCUGGUCUGGUCUGCCCUGGGAAUGAAUGGGAUCCCGCCCCGUUCCGCUUUCGAGGUUCCGCUCUUCCGGGGUAAGGCAAACGUGGACUGGGUGGAGAGCAGGUCACUGGCACCUCACUGGAUAGAGUCAUCAACAUGAUGUUCAUGUGGAUGGGAGCACAUGGAAGACGUCGAGGCAACUUGGCGAUCCUGCCUGGGUUGCGUCAGUUGUCUUUUCGGCGCAGUUAUCAAUGCAUGCCAUCUCGCCAGAGAACCCAUCUCCAGUUGUCUAGAACAUAUCUAUUCAUCCUAUCAUCACAUCGACAUCUAGUGUCCAUUCAAACUACUAUACACCACACCGCACCAGUCAUACCAUAUUACCACACAGCUAAUGGAUCUGUCACACCAAGAAGAAUUAAGAGGAAGCUCCAGCCCCGAGGCCCAAAUCGUCCGUCUAAAGACUGAGCCAGGCACGAGCACCAAACAAAGCCCUCGCCCUUCCUCGAGCUCCAAUGCCACCAGUGCUGCUGGGUCUUCAAAUCGACCUGUCCAGCCGCCCAAGGUUUGCGACAAGUGCCGACUAAGGAGAAUCAGAUGCGAUUACCAGUCACCUUGUCAACCUUGCAUAGACGCGAAGCUUCAAUGUACCAGGAACCACGUGCCGCGCAAGAGAGGGCCGAGACCCGGCCGUGGCCGUCUUAUCAACAGACUCAGAGAACGCGAGGCAGGAAAGAAGGAAGAACAGCGUCCAAGCAGUUCUGGAGAUCCGGAGGUAAGCGACGGAGCCCGGUCAAAUAAUACCGACAUCUAUCCGCAAAACGCCUCUGUAUCAUCAACUUGGGCCUCCGACGUGAGCACAGCCCCCGAAACAACCGGCCUUUGGGCCAAUGAACACAUAUUCCCCUCAAGAGGCGCAUUUUUCUACCUUAUACCCAGAUGUGUAGAACUCUUCUAUCAACACCUGUAUCCCGUGAUGCCUGUCCUGUACAUGCCCGAAAUACAACGAAUGGACCCACGAGUCUGCGAUCUCCCCGAAAAAAACCUCCUGUUUUCCCUUUCGGCUCUCACCUGUUUCCGCAUGUCGGGUCACAGCCUCGGUGCUGAAGACAGUCCCGAAUUCUGGGACCAGGCAGGUCGUUUCCUGCUCAACGAUUGCUUAGAUGUUAGGAAGCAAUAUGACUUGUAUGACAACAUUUCGUUGAGCACGGUUGUUUCGUCCAUUUUUCUGGCUUCUUCCUUCUUCGAGACUAACCAAAGCACAAAGGCGUGGGUCUAUCUGAGAGAGGCCCUAACCUUUGCGCAGGAGCUGGGCUUGGAGGAUGAGUCGACGUACGCAGGCUUAUCUCCCGAGGAGGCUCUAUGUCGGCAGAGAGUGUUUUGGCUGUUGUAUGUUAUGGAACGGUCAUUUGCAAUUCUACGCAACAAGCCGCUCAUGCUGCGCCGGGCACCCAAACUUCCCAUGACUCUUCACGCUUACGAAUCCCGCGGCAUCCACACCGGUUUUCUCCAACUUCUCGGCAUCUACAUUCCCCUUCGCGACUCCAUCAUCGAAGCAUGGACCUAUGGUUCCAACUCCACCGUCGACGUCAAUACCUACCUCGCUCUGCAGAACCAACUUGCUCGACCAGCCGGCAGUUCAGGCGGCUUGUCCAUCCCACACCCGUUUUUCCCUUCCUCUCCCAAUGCCGCCGUAUCCUCCAUACAGAUGCCGGUUUCCCAGUCUUGCAGCUUCUCCGACCUUUCGCUUUCAUCCUCAUCGAUUUCUUCUUCGCCUGAGGACCCUGUAGCUCCAGUGGUAGAACCGACAGCGUCUCAAACCGCCGAGCUGUUAGUAACGCAGCAGUGGCUCAGAUUGAUUAUCUGGCUUUCCUCGCUGCGACAGGGGUACCUGUCAUGGGCUGCGGAGAAUGAGAGUAUGCAUUUCGCACUUCCCCUGACUAUCGCUAGGCAAACUGGGUUGGUCUUGCGGUCUCUUAUGCAAAUCGGGGGCUUGGAGGCAACAGGUGUGGCAGCGCUGGAGGUCAACGGGAUGGGAAUUUUUGAAAAGAUCUUUGAAAUUGGUGCUUGGUGUAUGAACGUGCUGGAUUCGUACGACAAGGCCUCUUUGGAGGGGCAAUUUCUUACCUUGCCCAAUUUCGGUCGAAGACACAGCGCAGCCUCUGGAAAGAACAAGCAGGCUGCCAGGUCAGCAACCAGCUCCCCAGCCGAUCAGGUCAUGGACUACGAGGACGGCGAGGACGUCGAUCUGCUCGAUGUCUUCAUGAGAGCACUCAGUGCGACCCCGACGAGUAGGAAGCAAUUCGCUGAGCCCCUCUACAUGUGGGCGACGACGAGACCCGGGGGCAUGCGCAUCGGGCCGGGGUCAGUGUUGCAUCUAGACACUGGUGGCGGUACCGGCGCCUUUGAUAUGGCACAAACGCAGCCAGGUCUGGCCGAGCAAAUACCGGGACUGGGGCUGAACCAAGGGUUAGGCUUAGAUCAUGCGUCUGGGAUAGGCGCGGCGCAGGGACACGAUGCGAGUUCGAUGAUGCAUCAGCAGCAACAGCCUGGAAUAUGGAAUGCUGCUUCUGCAUAUGCUCAUGGCCAAGCACCGCUUCCAGGGUCGGCUACCGGUAGUGGAGCUGGACUCUCGCGUCCCGACGGACCCGGGCCUGGAGGUGGACAAGGACAGGGAAUGGAAGAUGUCGUCAUGGGAGAUCAAGCCUCUCAUCAAGGGCAAGGGUUUAACAUCGAUCCGAGGCUCGGUGCAGGUUCCAACGUGCCCAGAGGAUUGCAACACGCGACUUUUGGUCGCCGACCCCUUCGUCCCAAUGCACCACAUCUGCCCAGUCCGCUUCCCGGUCAGUUCGGCGGACCACCUACGAGCUUGUACGACGUCCCUGGAUGGAGUCCCAUUGACCCUGGGGGCCUUACGAGAGCGAGGAGUCGCACAAUGGGCAUGGGGCAGCUGAGGGGGUUGAUGGCUAUGGUUCAAGGGGGCCCGGGCACGCCGGGGUCUUCCGGGCCUAGUGUCUCUCAAGCAGGAAGUUGACAAUGAUGGAAGUUGUAGUUGAAAAAAGGUGUUGGUUCUCAUUUCAUAUGUGGCUACACGUUCUACGGAACGUGUGCGGCGUGUUGUGGGCAAAAAAGAUGGAAUUAUUUGUUUUGACACGGGCGGAAGAAACAUUAUACCAACAAAUAUGGCGUGCGGCGUUUUGAUUUUGCUUGUUUGAGGAAGAAUCAAGAGAAGGAGUUGGGUGUAUCAAUACCGGAAUCAGGACUGUGUCCCAGGUUUGGUUGUAUUAUUAUGGUAACAAGUACUGUACAGUAGGGGGAGUGUACGAUACGGCGGUAUCCCUUAGAGUCUAAGUGCGGAUCGGAUCUAUAGAGGUGGAUCUCUGCUUCAGGUUUAGAAGGGACAAACUGGAUAGAGUGGGCGAGAAAUCUCAUAGAGGACGAGAUCUGUCAGCAUAAGUUAAACCAACAGAUAGAGGAGGAUAUUUGAGAUAUACAACUUGUACCGUACUUGUACCCAUAUCGAUGCUUUAUUGGAC